AUGAGCUACUACUUUGCAAUAGUCGAUGCAGCAAGUCACCCUGUUUACGAGCUUUCAUCACAAGACUCAAGCUUUGCAAUGGCUGCAAUGGCUUCUCUCGAUAUACUGGAGAGCGUCCAAUUCAAAGAAAACAAGUCCUUCUUCCCCAAUAUAGACACUUACAAUUCAAAUAGUAUACACAUUUACCUUACUUUGGCAAAUACAAAAUUUAUACUCAUAUCGGAUUCAAUACCCACCGAUAAUAUCAGACUUUUCUGCAUGGAAAUAAAUGAAUUGUACAUUAAAAAAUCGUUAUCACCAUUCCACGAAUACAACACCCCAAUACGAUCCAAGGCAUUUCAUCAACGCGUGAAGCAUAUAGCCUCUAAAUACUUGCUAUAA